GGCGGAAAAAGUGACCCCAACUUAGUCUUUACAGUUGACCAUUUUUGGCGAAGUCGAUUCUCCAAAUGAGCAACAUCCUUCGAGGCAACCCCCGAAAGUUGGAGCGAACGCCUUAGAAAAAACCGCGUCAUCGCUUUGGUAGUUUGCUCUUUCCCUGGUUAACGAUGCUUUGUUACAUUUUUUCCAUUUGAAAAGUUCCUACGAGCGCCUUUUCCCCGCAACGGUCAAGUAAAGAUCACCUGCUAAGGAUGGCUAGGAGCAAAAAUUCAACCUCCGCUGUAGGACUAGUAUGUAAUGGAUGUUCUUGCGUAUCCUCACCAAGUGUACUGUUCCGUUAGUUUACCUAGCACAACCAAAAGUGUUGCUCCCCUCCACCAGAUAUAAUGCCAAUCCCACUACCCCAAAAUGAACGAGCGCAUUAUAAAAGAAAAGUUAAAAGCUUCAGUUAAUCACCUGAACAAGAGGAAGCUAAAGUUUGACCUGAAAAUAUUCCCCAUAAAAAAAACGGUGUACCAAAUUUUUAACAUUUUUUCCAAAGAAUUAAAAAGAAAGUUGAGGCAAACUUUGAUAGAGUUAAAGAAGAGGAAGAAGAAGUGCGACGUCUGUUCGGCACCAAUUGAUGUCUUCACUCCAUUUCUCGCUUAUGAGAUUGACGUGAACAACACGACGUUCUUGUUUCGUAGGAUAGAGGCCUACUGCUCCAAAUGCCUUGAAAUAAAAAACUUCACCCAGUUUUCCCGCGAGCUUUACCAAAAUGUAGACGCCGAGGAGCUCCUCAACUUCGCCCCCAUGUACGAGCACUACUAUCAGGUGAACAAUUUAGAAAUGCAUCAGAAGAAUAUCCUCCAGAAUGACAUAAACAACUACUUCUGCGUAUCUGUGCUGGCGAAGAACUUAAGGUGGACGUGCUCCACGCCGCACAGCACCUUCGAUGAAUUUUUAGAGUUCUCACUACGCAGUGUAGAGGAAGAAGAAGGACCCACCGUGAAGGAAGAUCUGUCGAAGAAGAGAAAAACCGAGGAGCCAGGACUGGCCGACAUUUUAAACAACGCCAAAAGGAAGAAGGUUCUCAGCACGUAG